AUGUGGAUGUGAUCGUUGCCAUUCUGGUGAAGAGGAACAACGAGCAGAGGCAGAAAAUUAAAGCCGUUUACGAAUCGUCCUCUGGAAAAAAUCUGGUUGGAUCCCUGAAGCCGGUCCUCAGGUCCGAUUUGGAGGACGUGGUUCUGGCUCUGCUGAUGCCUCCAGCUCAUUUCGAUGCCUUCCUGCUCAGGAGAGCCACCAAGGGUCUGGGGACAGACGAGGACGUCCUGGUCGAGGUUCUGGCCACCAGAUCCUACGCAGAACUUCAGGAAAUAAAGAAAGUCUUCAAACAAGAGUACCAGAAGGAGCUGGAGCAGGUGAUUAAGGAUGAGACCAGCGGUGACUUCACCGCGGCGCUGCUGGCCAUGCUGAACACCAAGAGAUACCAGAACACUGUGGUGGACAUGGAGCAGGCCAGAAAGGACGCCAAGAUUUUGUUUGAAGCUGGUGAAGGCAUCGGAAAAGCAAACGUGUCGACCUUCAUCAACAUCCUGACCACGCGCAGCGGCCCGCAGCUUUCUAAAACGUUCCAACAUUAUGCUGCCAUCAGCGACCUGACGCUGCCUAAAGCCCUGCAGUUGGAGCUGAAGGGAGACAUCGAGGAUUGCCUCAUCGACAUCGUGAAAUGCGCCUGGAACACACCGGCUUUCUUUGCUGAGAAACUCAAUCGGGCCAUGAAGGGCCACGGUACGAGGGAUCACACUCUGAUCCGGAUCCUGGUGAGCCGCUCCGAGGUCGACCUGCAGAAGGUCGUAGAGGAGUACCGGGCAAUGUUUGACAGAACCCUCCAUGAGGACAUCGUGAACGACACCAAAGGACAUUAUCAGAAAGUCCUGCUGGCUUUGUGCGGACCGUACUGAAAACCUGAAGAC